AUGCCCAACCUACAGCAGCUGCGCUGGGACAAUAUUACCACCUUCCCAGCUAAUGUUCUACGUUUCCUCUGUGGACCAGAAAUCAAGGAAGUAGGAUUCAACGUCAUCCCUGCUUCUUUCUUCCCUUUCAUCACCAUGAUCAGUAUCGCAUGCCCUGAACUGCGCAAGCUCCAGGUUCGCCAGGUUUGCGGAGAAGACGUAGAGCAUACCCAUAGGACGUUGACGGACGCCCUGUCCAACAUGCGCAAUUUACAGCACUUGAAUAUCGACACUCCGAUGAGCCAUUCUCUCCUACAGUCGGUAAAGGGCAUUCCUUCUAUCCGUUCGCUCAUCAUUCAACCACUUCGGGGCACGAGUACGUCCGACAUCGGUCACGCUCAAGCUCGUUGGUCGGCAUUUUGCAAUCUAAGUUCGUUGUGUAUACAUCAUGUGCACCUUGUAAAUGCGGCAGGGACUCUCGACGCAAUGGGCCGUCUGCCAGUGUUACAAUUAAAGGAGUUCACGUGUAUAUCAAGCGGCCAUCCGACACCCGAUAUCAGCAACUUUCUUCGUACUGUGAUGUCUCACUUUGAUCGCACUCGCCUUUCUGCGUUAUCCAUACUUGAGGACCCUGAUACUUCUCUUAGUGCUGCUUCGCUGGCUCCGCUGAACUUUGAAGUGCUGAAACCACUUAUGUCCUGUGAAAACUUGGAGAAGCUCGCCAUAUGGACAUGCAUUCCAUUCUCCCUUGACGAUAACGAGAUUUCGAUCCUCUCAUCAUCUUGGCCAAAACUUCGCUCCCUCAACUUUGGAACACGCGAUGGAUGGGGCACGGAGAAGGAGCCAUCUCUCAAAGGGUUGACGGUUUUGCUUGACAGCUGUCCUGAUCUUGAAGAGCUUCACAUUGUUAUCGACGCUUCCCUAUAUCAUGACUUGCCGCCUUCCGCAGUAGGCCGCAAUCGAAACACAAUCACGCUUUUCUUGGAUAAUUCUCCACUCGAGGAUCCCCUUUAUGUUUCUUCGUUUCUUCACCUUCUAUUACCGAACCUCUAUAGCGUCAAUACCUGGGAACAAAACAUCUCACCUGACUUCAAACAACGAUGGGCGGCAGUGAACAACCUUAUUUCCGGUUUCCACACCAUGUCUCAAUACAGGAGUCAGUGGUCUGCCGAAGCUUCACGCCCCUAUGGACAAAUCAAAACCCCAGAGCCCGUCGCCAAGUGGAACAUCAUAGAGGAGGUUGCGAGGAGUACUUCUUCGUUCUCCUAA